AUGGCUCUUGUCGACUACUCCUCGUCCGACUCGGCCUCUGAAGCCGGCUCACCCCCGUCCAAACGCCGCAAGGCCACCGACGGCGGCCCCCAUGCCACAAAGUCGCCGGACGGCACCGCCGGCAAAGACAAGGCCAAACCCGACCCUUCGGCACUACCCCCUCUCCCCGACGAAUUCCACGAUCUGUACGCCUCCACCGUGCGUACCAGCACCGCCGAUGACCCUUCCCUUCACCAAGGACGGAAGCGCGCCAUUCCCCACAUCGCCGGCAAUUGGCCUUCUCAUGUCUAUGUCGAGUGGCACCCCGACGCAUCGCAGCAUGCGCUUCUUGCAGAGCUCCUAGAAAAGCUCGAUCCCCUACUCGGGACCCAGAAGCUUCACCCGCUGCUGACAUCAGACCUCAACGCCCCUCUGCCCCUCCACGUCUCCCUCUCCCGGCCCCUCUCCCUCACGACGCCUCAGAAAGACGACUUCCUUUCCGCCCUCACCGCCUCCGUCUCCUCCGCCGCGGGCUCCUUCGUCCUCUCGCCAGUAGGGAUAGGCUUCUUCAAAUCUCCAGACUCGGACCGCGCCUUCCUCAUCCUCCGCGUCGCGAAUCCCCACGCUUCAAGGAGCACCACCGCCGCUACCGACGGCAACAGUGACGGGAAGAACCCCCAGCUCCGCGCCUUGCUGACGAAGUGCAACGCCGUCGCCCUCCGCUUCGGCCAGCAGCCGCUGUACGGGGCCCGCGCCACCGAGCUCGUCCACGACGCCUUCCACGUCAGCAUCGGCUGGACGUUCGGCCUGCCGCCCGAGGAUGCGUGCCUGCAAGCGUACGGCAUGCUGAAGCUCCCGGCGUUCCGGGAGGUCAGAAAGUGGGAGAUCCGGGUUUCUGGCGUCAAGGCCAAGAUCGGCAACGUCGUCACGCACAUCCCGUUGAGGGACGGGGGCAGGGGCGCUUCUGCUGGCGAAGAAGACGGAUUAUACGCAUGA